GUUUAAAUGAGCGAUCUGCAAAUUUCGUUAUUGAACAGUGAUAUGAAUUUCGAUUCGUUAUAUGAAGUAAACUUAGCUAAUAAUAUCAAGGUUGUUAGAUAAGAAUUAGUUGAAUUUCAGAAAAAUGUAGACGAGUUGUAAGUUUUAGGAGAAAGCGAAAUUGAUUAACACAAUCUGAAUUAAUUGUUUUAGGCAUUAAAAAAAAUUUAGUUGCAGUAAUUGAACCUUAAAGAGAAGAUUAUUAAAUUGGAGCAAGUAUAUUAAACAAUAAAUCAAAGUAAUCAAGAGGUGUCGAGUAAAGAAACAAAACUAAAAAAUUAAGAGAUUUAUAUGCAAGUCACUUAUAAAGAUAAUAGUAAUUGUAUAAGAAUAUAGUUAAUGAUUCUGGAUACGAACCACUAUAAGAUGCAUUAAAAGAAAUAGAUAAAAUGAUGAAAUUAUCAUCUAAGUAAGAUGUUUAGAAUUAUAACUUGAACCAACAGAUCCAAUCGAAAUAGUCAACUGCUGGAAGCAGUACAAACCUAUCUUAAAUGCAAUUAUUGGUUGUAGAACCUUUAGAGCAAUAUGAACAUUUGGAUUGGCAAAAUCAAAUUCUCAAACAAAACUAAGAAGAUGUUAAUAGAUUGCAAAUGAAAGCAUAAACUGUAAAUAAAAUAGUAUAGGAUCUGGCAUUGGAAAUUGAGCAUCAACAUACAAACUUCGAUGAAAUUGAGAAAAAUUUUGGAACUACUAUAAAAUAUGUUGAUGGGGCGAGAGAUUAAUUAGAAUAAAAAUAAGAGAAAUAAAAGUCGGGAAAUAAAAAGUUAUGGUGUAUGCUUAUCUGCGCUUUUUUAACCUUUUUGGUUAUGCUUUUAAUUUUAUUAUUAUGA